UAGCUGGGGGGCGUAGAAUGUACGGGAUCCAGUUUCGUCUCCCUACUGCCUGUAGUGUGGAUCGAACAGAAACCCCCACGCCAGCGGUAGUGACAUAUACACCUGACUACAAGAAGAUUCCUCCACCUGUUCCCCCUCGUUCCACCACUAAGCCGCUGAUUUCUGUAACAGCCCAGAGCAGCACAGAGUCGACGCAGGAUGCGUACCACGAGGGUCGGCCGUCACGGGGAGGGCUUUGGGCACCAGAUAGCCUCAGCCGGGUUAUCUACAACUCCACCGACAGCCUGGAUAGCGCAAAGGCGGUGACCCUAGCAAUGGAAACCGCAUCCAAGCGCCUCACUUCUGUGGGGAGCUACAGCUCCGUUCAGACUUGCGAUAAGGCCAUCCUGGUGUCCAAAGCAGAGGAAUACCUCAAGACUCCACGCUCUUCCAUCGGGAUACAGGUGGAAGCGGCCACAGAUUCUGAGACAGAUAGUAAAGGUCUCCCACAGUAUCAGUCCGUGGGUAUCCAGGUGGAGGACGAGAAGAGACUUGGCCGCUUUAAACGGUCCAACAGUGUGACGACGGCAGUUCAGGCCGAUUUGGAGCUGGAGGGGUUUCCUUCGACCGAAGACAAGAGUCUGCAGUUUGGAGGAUUUCAGCGACAUUCUGAACCCAGUACGCCCACACAGUACAGCGUGGUUCGGACUGUACGAACACAGGGCCUUUUUAGCUACCGUGAGGAUUACCGACCCUCCAGCGGGCCAUCCAGUCCGCAGCCCGAGCCCUGGCUGGUGGAGCCCGCUCAUGAAGCAGCCGAGUCCGGCCGUGUGUCACCACUCCGCCGCGACGGCAGCUGGUUCAUGCAGCUUCUGCACAGCGAGACCAAAAGGAUGGAGGGAUGGUGCAAAGACAUGGAACGUGAGGCGGAGGAGCACGACCUGUCAGAGGAGAUUCUUGGGAAGAUCCGGAGUGCUGUAGGCAGUGCUCAGCUCCUCAUGUCCCAGAAAUUCCAGCAAUUUUACUGGUUGUGUCAGCAAAAUCUGGACCCCAGCGCUAUGCCCCGCCCCACGGCUCAGGACCUGGCUGGGUUCUGGGAUCUCCUGCAGCUCUCCAUUGAGGAUGUCACUGCCAAGUUUGAUGAGCUGCAGCAAAUCAAGAGUAAUGAGUGGAGGAUAGUGGAGAGUCCAGAGAAGAAGGAAAGAAAAUGGCCACCUCCUGUUACAAAGAGGCCUCCUAAAAGUCGUGGAGCUGUCAUGCGUGAGCGAUCCCUGGAUCUGCAGGACCGACAGAGGCAAGAGGCCCGCCGCAGGCUCCUGGCUGCAAAACGGGCUGCUUCUUUCCGUCAGAGCUCAGCUACAGAGCGGGCCGACAGCAUAGAGAUCUACAUCCCUGAAGCCCAAACCCGUUUAUGAAACACACAUAUACUAUGCCUCACCAGUGCGCUUUACCAACAGGGUACAUCCAUUCUGCUCCAUGGCACUGCUGCACUCGUUCACAUUCUCACAUCUGUUACAAGUAUUCUUCCUCUGCUCAUCAUCUACUCUGAGCUGAGAAUAGUGGUGAGUUUAUAUAUGCCUCAAACAGAGCUCAAUGCAAAGAGGUCUUAGCAGUCUAUGCACUCCAAGACCUGCAGCUACUGCAACCCAGUUUGUAUAUCAGUUUUAGUACAUUCAGAGGCCAAAACUAAGGCUUUGUUCACACUGCACACAAAUCCGAUUUGGUUUUCACAUCCCAUUUUUAGGACACAGUUAGGAGGCAGUUGCAAUAGUAGUGAUAUAAGCAUCAGCAUGAUGCAAAGAGGACAGUUAUCAUGACAUCUUGCCACGGUGCUGAACUCAUGAAAUGCGUGAGAGCGAUUAGUUCAUAUUAGCAAUUCUUAUUAACAUUCAUACAUAUGCUGUGUCCGAAAUCACUUACUCACUAUU